AUGGAUAUCACGCAGGGGGCAGAAACUGUUUCUCGUCGAGAGGAAAUUGAUGUGGAUUUUGAGGGAAAUGUUGUCGAGAAGGCCCAAUGGUCUAACAAGUUCCAGAGUGUCAUUGCCCUGCUCGGAUUUUCUGUAGGACUUGGCAACUUAUGGCGAUUCCCCUACAUGUGUCAGCGGAAUGGAGGAGGUGCGUUUUUGAUCCCUCACAUGAUCUUCACGGUCAUUGUUGCGAUCCCACUCUUCUUCUUGGAGGCUGCCCUUGGUCAGUUCUCCCGUAAAGGUCCCAUAGGAGUAUGGGCGCUGUGUCCUUUGAUGAAAGGUAUUGGCUUUGGUAUCCUGAUUAUCAGUAUCAUCAUUGUGCCAUACUACAGUGUAAUGUUUGCCUGGGCCCUCUACUACAUCUACAGCUCCUUCUCCACCGUCCUGCCCUGGACAACAUGUGGCAACUCAUGGAACACACCGCAAUGCGUGGCUGUUGGUGAUUCAACACGUAUCCCCAAUAACUCUACAGAUGAAUCAAGAUUCAAUAUGACAACAUAUUCGUAUCCAAUGAACGCUUCUAGUGAGACCAGCAUGGUCACAAAAGUAUCAAACGUCUUUGGUCAUACGGCAACAGAAGAAUUCUGGCAGUACAAUGUACUGGACAUUUCAUCAGGAAUAGAUGACCUUGGCACUGUCCAGCUCCACCUCUUCAUUUGCUGGUUUCUUACAUGCCUGCUCCUUUUUCUUGGUAUCGCAAAGGGAAUCAAAUCUCUUGGCAAAGUAGUGUAUGUGACAGCGUUGAUGCCAUACAUACUGCUAACGAUACUGCUGGUCAGGGCGUGCAUGAUGCCAGGUUCUCUGGACGGGAUUUUAUAUUAUAUGACUCCUGACUUUCGCCGUCUUCAACAAGCACAGGUGUGGUUAGAAGCAAUUAUUCAGGUGUUUUUCUCAGUGGGACCUGCUUGUGGCACUAUCAUCAUCAUGUCCAGCCACAACUCUCCCCACAACAACGUUGCAAGGGAUGCAAUCGUUGUCACUCUGAUAGCAGAGAUGACAAGUGUUUUUGUUGGGCUUGUUGUGUUUGCAACGGUAGGCUUCUUGGCUCAUGAUCUUGGACAACCUAUAGCUAAGGUCAUCACUUCAGGUCCUGGCAUUGGGUUUAUUGUGUAUCCAGAGGCAGUUGCCCUACUACCGGUCUCGCAGCUGUGGUCAGUGCUGUUCUUCUUGGUAGUCCUGAUGAUGGGUAUCGAUUCGAUGUUCGGCAAUAUAGAAGCAGCUCUUGGGUGUAUAGAAGAUAUCCUACCAUCGCGUUUCCAUACCAAACACCUCCAGACCAUACUGGCUGCUCUGUGGAUGAGCGUUGUCUUCCUGUUUGGUCUCCCUUACACAACUAAUGGUGGUGUGUACCUGUUCCAGUUAGUAGACUGGUAUGUUGCAGCCAUUACUUUGUUGGUAAUCGGUGCUCUGGAAUGCAUUGUUGAUGGUUGGUGCUACGGUGCGAAACUUUUUGCUGCUGACGUUGAAGCUAUGAUUGGAAAACAGCUGCCAAUUGUCUUCAAACUUCUGUGCUUCAUCUUAAUCCCUGUAAUUCUAAUAGUGGCCGUGUUUCUGAAUUUCGCUUCUUACAAACCACCUUCUUACGGUAGUUACGAAUAUACACCCGUCGCUGUCUCUAUUGGCUGGGGUAUUGCUCUUGUAUCGCUGGUACCUAUUCCAGUAUCCAUGACGAUAGAUAUCUGGAAGGAAAAGGGCACCUUAGCUCAGCGUGUGAGAAAAGCCACAACUCCCAACCGCAAAUGGGAAGAAUUCAGACAACGCUAUGGAGUGGAGAGAAAAUCAAAAUUAACUAUGAAGGAGAACAUUCUAUUUCUUUUUAAGGGAUGAAACUUACUGACCUACAGCUGAUUGUCAGUAUUUCCUCAAACCUAUUUAUGAUGUUUCAGCACAUGAUCGUUAUUCGUUAAUGCUUGAGACGAUCCAAAUACUUUUCUUGAACGUUAGGUUUCCUGUGAAAAACAAUAUUGGCUCUCUGUAAAAGCUGCCAGAAUUUGAUUUGACUUUACUGUUCCAUUGGUGAGGGAAAUUAAUUUGCUUAGACGUGUUUCUUUACAUACAGUGGAAUCUGGAACUGAAUGUAUUGCUGCAUGCUUAAGUUGUAUUUUUUUUUGCUGAGACUUUAUUGCACAUGUGGUUAAAUACGCAAUUCUUACCAUU